AUGGUGGAGUACUAUCAGCAGCCCAAUAAUUAUAGUUAUCAACGACAGCAGCCCGGCUAUGAUUACACCCAGCAGGAGGAAGAAUGGGAUCGUGAGGGGCUGCUCGAUCCAGCCUGGGAAAAGCAGCAAAAAAAAGUGAGCCGUUAA